CGCUGGGAGGGGCGAUGCGCCGUCUGCGGCCGCGGCCCUGCCGGGCGAGGCGGGGCCUUGCUGCCCGCCCGGCGGCUGUGUGGCGCGGGCCGGGGCAGCCGGCGCGGCGCGGGGAGCGGACGGAGACCCAGGUAGGAAGUACGGGAGGAAAACGAAGACUUGUAGGAGUGCUGAAGGCCACCACAUUUUUUAAAGUACUUGUAACAGGAAGCAGGAUAAAGCUUGGCGUAAAAUCUUCUUGACCCGGUACAACACUACAGAAGCUGUUUAUUGCAUAACUGCGAUCAAACAGGGGCUCUUCUUUUUUUUAAACUGUUCAUAUGACGACAAGAGCGAGGCUUUGGGUGAAAGAGGCGUCUGCAGAAGUACCAGCAUCAAACCUAGCGAGGAGCUGCCAUGAGCAUCACUAGCGAGGGGCUGCUGUGACAGUCCCGGACCUGUCCUGGUCACAACCUGUAGAGCCACAGCUUGGUGGGAACGAGCUCUCCAGUGAAAACUACUGAGCUGAAUCAAAGUUCCAGUUUGUUUCCAGCAUCAGCCCUUAAGAUCGGAGAGUUUUCGUCAGGGACUGGAGCGAAAUGCUGUAUGUGUUUUGCUUUUCUUCUUCAUAAAGCAGCUCGGCAGCUGCGCGCUGGUUUCGACUCGGACCGUUUGUGUGAGCCUGGAUUCUCAAAAGACAGGUAAACUGAAACUCCAAGAAUGAUGAUCAGCUCAUUGGCAAGUUACAGUAAAACCACAUACAAGGCGACGAAAUAAAGACUACGGUAUGAGUGCUUUGUCAGAUAAACUGACCAAAAGAAGUACAUACUUGGAGGCUGUUAUAUUAAAGUGUCGAACUCUGUGUGUCCCUCCCUACUACCCCAACACUUCUGCGCAUGAAAUGCUUGAAAAGAAGGAGCUGGUGUGGCUUACUUGUCACUAAAGUGAACUACAUUGGAUAUAAAAGAGUAUUGCAGGGUGCAGAGGACAGCGCAGCUCGAACACUCUUAUCACACUAAUGGAAAAAAAUUAUUCUUUACAGCAAAAGAUGACAUCUACAUUUUUGCUCAUUGGUCAUAUCAUUCUACUGAUACCUCUGUUCAGUGCUGAAGAAUGUGUUAUUUGUAAUUACUUUGUGCUUGUUGGAGAACCUACAGCUAUUAGUUGCCCAAUAAUUACAUUGCCAAUGCUUCACCCUGAUUACAAUCUGACGUGGUAUAAAAAUGGUAGUGUUACACCAGUAACCACAGAGAGAGACGCCAGGAUCCAUCAGCGAGAGGGCUUGCUUUGGUUUAUUCCUGCAACACUGGAAGAUUCUGGACUUUAUGAAUGUCAUGUAAGGAGGCUUAACCAUUCUAACCAAAAAAUUAUAAAGUUAACAGUUUUUAAGAACGAUAACGGUUUGUGUUUUAACGGAAAAAUGAAGUUUGAACAAAAAGUGACAAGCACAAAUACUGGAAAGAUUAUAUGCCCUGAUCUAGAUGUUUUUAAAGAUGAAGAAAAUAAUCAGCCUAAAGUACACUGGUAUAAGGAGUGUAAGCCUGGAUUUCUUGAAGACAAGCGACUUCUUUUGGCAGAGGGUGAAAAUGCUGUUUGGAUUCACAACGUAACUGUACAAGACAGAGGAAACUACACAUGCCAUAUGGUAUACACAUACAGGGGAAAAAAAUAUAAUGUUUCACGAACUGUGAGUCUAGAGGUUAAAGAAGGACCGAGGAGACCAGAGUUUAUUUAUCCGAAGAACAAUACAAUUGAAGUAGAACUUGGCUCUCAUGUAGUUAUGGAAUGUAACAUUUCGAGUGGCAUAAAUGGCUUGAUUCCAUUCUGGCAAGUUAAUGAUGAGGAUGUUGAUAGCUUUGAUAGCACCUACAUGGAACAGUUUUAUGAAGAGAGGAUGCCUCAUGGACUUGCUGUGUCUGGAACAAAAUUUAACAUUUCAAAAGUGAAAGUAAAGGAUUAUGCUCAUCGUUUUUUCUGUCACUUCAUAUAUGGUACUCAACAGUUUACAGCCUACAUCAAACUGGACCGCCCAGCUCGGAACAUUCAGGGUUACUUAAUUGGAGGAGGAGUUUCUUUGGUAUUUUUAGUAUUUUUUACUCUUUUUAUCUACAAGAUCUUCAAAAUUGAUAUUGUGCUUUGGUAUCGGGACUCCUGCCGUCCUUUCCUGGGUAAAAAAGUUUCAGAUGGGAAGAUCUAUGAUGCUUACGUUCUGUAUCCAAAGAACAGAGAGAGCUGCUUGUAUUCAUCAGAUAUUUUUGCUCUGAAGAUACUGCCAGAAGUCUUAGAAAGACAGUGUGGAUAUAAUCUCUUCAUAUUUGGGAGGGAUGAUUUACCAGGAGAAGCUGUGAUCAGCAUUGCUGAUGAAAAAAUCCGUCAAAGUAGAAGAGUGAUAAUUGUUUUAGUACCGGAACCGUCCUGUUACGGUGUUCUAGAAGAUGUGUCUGAAAAGCAUUUAGCAAUGUAUAAUGCUCUUAUCCAAGAUGGCAUUAAAGUAAUUCUCAUUGAACUUGAAAAAAUACAAGAUUAUGCAGCCAUGCCAGAAUCCAUCAAAUAUAUCAAGCAAAAGCAUGGGGCUAUCCGAUGGAAAGGGGACUUCUCAGAAAGGUCUCGCUCAGCACAUACUAGAUUCUGGAAGAAAGUGCGCUACCACAUGCCAUCCAGGAAAAAUGGACCUUCGUCACAAUUGCGUUUGUUACCAAAAGACUAAUUCUCCCUAAAUAACAAAAGAAAAAUGACACUUAAUGACUAAUUCAGUUCACAUAGCUGGUGAUGGAUUGAUUGAAGGUCACAAGUAUCUGUUUUGUGCAGACAAUCUCAUCCAAAUUUUCUGGAUUGAAGGUACUACAACUUCAUCUACAGAUGUGAAUCAUUUUUUCUUCUGGCCAGAUCAACAGAACACCUUGAAACGUUGUCAGUAGCACAGUGAUGACACGGAAACCACGUUGGAAGCAUAUGAGGCCUUUUUCCAAGAAUUGCACUGUGAUUUGGUGGAAUUCUUCUGGUAUUAAAAAUGGAAGGGGGAAAAAACUAUCAAAAACACAGAAGACUUGUUUUUUUGCAAUUAAAGGUUGAAUAUGAAGGGAACUGUAUUAAUUAUAAUCGUGAUAUUAUGUAAUGGACAUGGUUGAUGCCAGUAAAUGUUUUUGUUUCAAUUUUUUUAAUGAAAUGAUACAAAACUUCUUUGUUACAAGUUGGUUAUUUGCCUUGUUCAGUUUGCUGAAAGAUAAAUCCCUCUGUGUUACUGAAUCACUGUGUUACUGUCCAAGAGAAAGAGACAGUUCCAGCUCCCUAAAAGUGCUGUUGAACCUGAAAAAGCAUAAAUACUUUUCCCUGAUCUUUUUUACAUUUUAAAGAACUGUACUAUUUUCAGUCACUUGCCCUAUGCAGACAUUGUAAAAAUACCAUUGUAAUGCAGUACUGAGUCCAAAAAUUAUUUUCUAGUUAAGUGGCUUAAUAUAUUAGUUCUUAUUUUACCCAAGUGGAAUAAUUAGCUACUGACACAGACUCUCUCAUGGAGAAUACAGGAUGGUUGGCUUCGUCCGCCUUACCUUAAGGACCAGAUCAAGAGGUGUCAGGGCACACGCUUCUUGUGAGCCACUGUUGCUGAAGGAGAUCAGGUCUUCCCUCCUGUUCCCACCCAGGGUGCUGGCUCUAGCAUUUGGCAGCUCCAAAAGCUGAAGCUGGCUGAACAGGCUAAUGUGGCAGAAAUUGUUCAUUUCCUUGGGAUAGUUUUAUCCCAGAUUAGUGAGUUUAUCUGGUUUCCCAGAGGGUUCAGAGUACAAGGGGAGAAGAAAAGGGGUGGCACAACCCUGCUUUUUGGCUCCAGAGAUGUUUAGAAAAUAGAGCUAAAAUAACUUUAUUGCCCAGUACUCCUUAAAGUGAGAGAGAGGGAUGCCCUGUGUUACCCCCUGCAGCUGCUUGCUUUUCUCCUUUCCCUCUGCCCUGAUGAUGUAAGGAAUCUCAGGUGACUGUGUACUGAAUUUGGCUGGGGCUGGGUGAAUUGAGGUUUGGAGUCACAGCUUCUAAACAGCUGUUUGGGAAAGGAAGCUGUUAAAACUUACUGUGCAUGUUGAAUCCUUUCUCUUUCUUUUUAUUUUUUUUUUAAUUUGUUAACAAUAUUAUGUAUGUCACAGUUGUUAACUCUGAAGUUAUGUUUGGCUUGUGUGUAGCCAGUGAUGUAGUUUGUAACGAUCAGUUCUUUUUUCAGGGGAGGGACUUGAUUUGAUUGAUUUUUUUUUUUUUUUUUAAUUAUCAAAUCUGUUUCAUGCCAUGUUUAUAGCUAUGAAUUUCAUAGGAGCAGGAGAUGUGAGAGCCAAAUUACCUGUGCUUUUCGGUCUGUCCUUGAAAGUUACAUUUUAUAUGGUCGUAUAUGGGAGCUUCAGGAUUUGGCUGUUGCUGCCUUUAACUGCUGCUUGCAACUCUGAAUUCCUGUGUGUGUCCUAUCAGCUUCUCUCUUGCAGCACCUUUUGCUCUCCUCCCGUUCAGACUCCAGCCUGUCUUUUCCCAUGUAGCUCCCUUAUCUUGGAACAAGCAACUCACUCUUGUGUCAAACUCCCAUCACUUUCCAAGCUGUCCUUGAAGGCUGUUGCUAAUAUAGCGUUAGGCAGAAAUUUUUCCCUUUGAGCUGGUCGUUUGGUAUCUCCACUUAUUCAUCUGAAAAAACGCAUGUUCUGCAUCCUUCGGAAUUCAUGUACUCAUUUUGACACUGCAGUGUUGGCUUUUUCUUCUUUCAUGGCUCAAGCAUUUAUCUUCUUAUGCCUCAAGCAUUUAUCUUCUUAUGCCUCUAUCCUCAAUCAAACAAAACUGAUAGUGUGAAGUGCAAUCCGAUGGAAGAACUGCCCAGUGAACAUGGGAUGGUGUGACCCUCACGUUCUGCCUGGUAAAAGGCAAAACCAGUGGAAAUAGGUUCCUCUCCCACCUAAAGUGCUUUGGUUACCUCGGUGUAUGCUGGAAACUUGAAACUGCUUCUGAGAGACAGUGCCUUCUGAGAUUUGUGGGUUGAAUGUGUGUUUGGCCAGAAUGGAAUAAGAAUCUCUUCAUGUCAGGAUAAGAAGGAAAAAAGUGCAUUUGAAAUAUCAGACUAUUUCAAACUGUUAUGGUACUGGAGUGUUUUAUUGAUGAAUGUCAUGUAUGUAUAGGCCAAUGCACAUGUUUAUACUCUGUUCUCAUUCUGUGUUUUACUCAAGACAGAAGUGUCAAGGAAGGAUCGGUUCUGGUCAUGAAGUGCCAGCUGUUGCACACAGUCUGCUUUUAAAUACGGUGUGUGUUCAGUGACAACCUGUUGUAGGGUAAAAGAGCUAUGAGAUCCAUCUGAAGUUAGUGAGAUCCAUCUGAGCAAGGUUAAUUGUGACGGUUCAUAUCGAUAGAUUUUAGUAGAACAGAAGCUGUACGGUUUGGUCACAGAACUCUUCUGUAAGAAGAUCCCUAUAUCAAAUGUGAAGACUAAACACUGGAAGUAUGCUAUUUGUACUCUGAAGACUCGGGUACAAUACUGACUUUGUGCUUCCACCUUGACAGCUCGCAGUAUGCAGGCCAGCCAACAGAGUUCCAGUGACUUCGGGCCUCCUGAAUUAUUUUUGCUGACUGGAAUAGAUUGAAUGAAAAACUGCUACUUGUUAUCCCUGCCUUUAGGGAUAAGGAAGUUAUUUUACUGAGCCAAAAUACUGUUUUGUAAAAAAAUAUUUGUUCCUUUUGAUGUAUUUAUACAAAUGAUGCAAAAGUUUUCACCCGUGUUACAUAAAGGCACUUUGAAGAAAGGUCCAUUUUUUAAUUAAAUAA